ACAUGUGGAACCCUGUGCUUCGGAAAUAUAAAUGCAUAACUGGUACUUGUUGCCGCAAAAUGUUAUAUCAUGAAUACACUAGAGUUCAUGUUGGAUUUUGGUAUGAUGAUGAAAAAAAUGAUUAUAAGUUGAUAAGAAUUAUGUGCAACGUAGAUAUCAAUGAAUUGAGCAAUCAGUCUCAAGUUGAAGUUUAUGGUCUCAAUACAAGCUCUUGGAGAAAACUUGACGAAGCAAAACUACCUGGGAAAAUCCGAUUCUCACAUCAUCCAGCAUUUGUAGAUGGAACUUUCAAUUGGAUUGCUCGCUAUUCUCAUCAAAGUGGUAUUAUGGAUGACUUUAUUUUGUCAUUUGAUACCCACUCAGAACAAUUUCAAGAGUUGCAGUUACCAAAAUAUUGCGAAUAUCAUCAACACCAAGAGGAUCCUUAUCUCGUGGUCUACAAGGGGUGUCUUGCUUUCUUUGUUGCCCCUAAUAGUUGGUGCUAUGGGUGUAACAUUUGGAGUGUAUGGGUAAUGAAUGAAUUUGGAGUGGUCGAAUCAUGGGUGAAAAAGUUCAAUGACGAAACUGAGGAAAAAGCAAAGUAGCCAAUAGGCAUUACGAAGAACAAUGAGAUUAUAAUUUACACUGAUGAGAGCGUGAUUGCAUAUAACUUUGAGAUGAAGAUGAGUAGAGAUCUCAUAUAUGAUAGUUCCGUAGAUUCUUCUUGGCUUAAUUACACGGAAAGUCUUGUUUUUCUUGAUGAGAAAAAUGAAUUACUGGAAAAUGCAAGUUCAUCAGGAUAUCUCUAUGAAAAUCUUUUGCAUCCAAUUGAAGAAAAGAAGACUAGUGGCUAGGUAAUUUUGUGGUUUCAUUUUCUCUAGUAAAUGAUUUUUUACCAUUUGCUUAGUUUAUUGUAGUGUGGUUGAUACUUUUCUACUCUGACUUGAAGUCGCAGUAUGUUUUCCUGCUUGUAUUCGUUUGUUGUUGA